GUGAGCAUCUGAUAAUAGCAUACAAGACAGAGAGGAAGAGCAUCCUGAUUGGCCAGUUUUGCAAAGUAGAUUAAUCGAUUUUUAGCAUGGUCAGGCUACAAAUAUCAUAGAUCUUAGUAGUGUUAGUGUUAGUAGUAAUAGUAGUAGUACCAAUGAACUAUAAAGGUUCAAUAAGUACUAAAUGCUCAAAGGGCCACAGGAUGCACUGUUUCCCCCCAAUGCGUCAGAUUUUUCCCCCUGUUUAAAGGUCUCACAAAUGUCAUACAUCAAGACUUUGUUUCACAUUUGACCUUUCACCCUUGCCUUUUACAACACCACCUCCUCCCUGAGUCCAAUUGAUGUGCCAUUUAAAGAGAAAAUACUGUGCACCUUGUACCUUGUAAACAGCACUGAAAAAAAACAAAAAACAAUAUUUUUUCUAUUUAUAUAUGUGUAUAUGUUCAGGUUUCGACGUCUGCAUUUAUUUAUAUAUAUUUAGUUCCAUCUUUAUUAAGGGCUUGGAUCACUUUAAAAAAUACUAUUAAUGCAAAGAGAAAUAAAUUAUUAUUUAUGAAGGUGUGACUUGAAAAUACCCCCCCUUGUUGCCCCUGCAUGGUGCUGAUGGUGUGGUCCAGGAAGCUCUCCUCCUGCUGCUGAAGUGAAUCAGCUGAUGAAUGGUAUCUCCCUCCUCUCCGCUGAAACCCGGCAGCCUGAGCGCUGACACAGGAGCAGGUUUGCACCGCUGCUCGCUGUGGCUGCGACCGAACCUCCACCGAGAAGGUUUCGCCUCCUCCAAACACACACAGAAACAUUCAUAUUUUCCCCCUCUCACAUAUUCUCUUUCUGGCCACGGGCACGGAAGCGCCCGGCUUCACAUUGACCAUGGCUUCCAACUUCAACGACAUAGUCAAGCAGGGAUACGUGAGGAUACGGAGUAAGAAACUGGGGAUUUUCCGGAGGUGUUGGCUGGUUUUCAAGAAAGCCUCCAGCAAAGGACCUCGUCGGUUAGAGAAGUACCCCGAUGAGAAGGCAGCCUACUUCAGGAGCCUCCACAAGAUCACUGAGCUCCACAACAUCAAGAACGUCACCCGUAUGCCCAGGGAGACAAAAAAACACGCUGUGGCCAUUGUCUUCUGUGAUGACACGUCCAAAACAUUUUCCUGUGAUUCAGAGCUGGAUGCAGAGGAGUGGUGCAAGUUGCUGUGCAUGGAGUGCCUGGGCAGCCGUCUCAACGACAUCAGCCUGGGAGAGCCAGACCUGUUAGCAGCGGGGGUGCAGCAGGAGCAGAACGAGCGUUUCAACGUCUACCUAAUGCCCACCCCUAACCUGGAUAUCUACGGAGAGUGCACCAUGCAGAUCACCCAUGAAAACAUCUACCUGUGGGACAUUCACAACGCUCGCCUCAAGCUGGUCAUGUGGCCCCUCAGCUCUCUGCGCCGAUACGGUCGAGACUCUACCUGGUUCACGUUCGAGUCUGGAAGGAUGUGUGACACAGGAGAGGGUUUGUUCACGUUCCAGACGCGGGAGGGGGAGAUGAUCUACCAGCGGGUCCACUCGGCAACGCUGGCCAUCGCCCAGCAGCAUGAGAGGAUGAUGGAGGAGAUGGAGAAGAGCUCCCAGAUCCACUCCAGAGAGACAUUAACCAAGUCCAUCUCCCUGCCACGCAGCGCCUACUGGCAGCAUAUCACACGCCAGAACAGCGUGGGAGAUCUCUACAGUUACCAAGAAACUGGCCUGUCGAUGACGUUUAUCCCCCGAGCACAGACGUUUCCCAGCUUUCUGUCUGUGGAGCCCGAAAAACAGGAGGAGAGCCAGCAGCAGCAGGAAGAAGCACCAUCGCCCUCUAGUGGCUGUGAAUCAAGUUGCAGCCUAAAACCACUUCACUGACAGAGAACUGCUUUUACCAAACCUGGACACUUCAGCCACUACUGUAGAGGAUUGUAGAAAUCUGUAUAGUGACAUGUGUAAUAUACCAUUUCCUGGUGAUACUUUAACAAUAGUGUCGACUGUAGAGCGAGUGUAAAAAAAAAAGGCGGUGUUGUUUUGUCGUUGUUUUUCUUUUAGGUGACUGCAGCAGCUUUGAGAAAAAAAAAACUUCAGUCAUUUCAGCUUAGCUUUAAAGCCGUUUGUUGACAUGACGUCCUUGAGAUUCAAAAGUUGUUUCGUCAGCAGUCAGUUUUCAGCCCUCACAACUAAAGACAACUCCUGGAUGAAAAAGAAAAGUUUUUUUUUCUUUUUUUUUUUUACAAAACUACAAAAGUCCAUUUGCAGCUGAGCAAACAACAUUUCCUUAAACUAUGAAU